AUGAGGUCGCGGAAGUUGGAGUUGGAGGUUAAGUGGAUUGAGAGUGAGGUAGUUACAGUGAUAAAGUUGGGAUCAUCAUGGGCUUCUGGCUUUGUCAAAAUUGAAGAAAUCCCCGUGAUUGAGAAGCCAAAGCUGGAGCUUGCGCCAGCAAUGAUAAUAGUAGUAGAAAUGUAUGCGGAUGGAGAAGAAGAAGAGUCGAAGUUGAACUGGGCCUCUAAGACGCCUGAUAUGAGUACAGAAUAA